AUGGUGAAAGCGGCUAUUGCUGGUGGCUCAGGCGGCUUAGGAAAAGCCAUAGUUUCUGCCAUUCUAGCCACACGCACGCAUGAAUACAUCAUCUUGAGUAGUCGGGCCUCACCCGACGACAAUACUUAUACUAUCGAUUAUGACGAUAUUGACGGCACAAAAGAGCUACUCGAGGCUCACCAGAUCGAGACCGUCAUCUCAAUUAUUCCGCUAUACACCAAGGAUGGGUUUGAUUCCCAACUGAAUCUCAUCCAGGCGGCCGAGCAAUCCAACUGCACGAGACGCUUUAUUCCCAGCGAGUUUGGCCUGUACAUUGAUACAGCACAAACUGAUAUGCAUCCGUCCUUGCUUUACAAGCACGAAACCGUCCACCAGCUGGAGAAAUCGAAACUCGAAUUCGCAUGCGUCCAUAACGGAGUCUUCAUGGACUACCUAGUCUGGCCUCAGGUCCCCUCUCAUCUACAAAUACAGGCGCUCUGGGUGAGCUUGGCCCACAAGAUGGCCGCCAUACCAGGAGAUGGAAACAACAAACUUGUCCUUACACAUUCAAGUGAUGUCGGCCGCUUUGUCGAGGCCUUGCUUGGCUUUCAUGAGUGGGACCAGAGGUACUUCAUAUCGGGAGAUCGAACGACCCUCAACCGUGUGGUUGACACAGCUGAAGAGAUACUGGGGUGCGAAUUUGCGAGGGUUUACGAUACUCCGGAAACGUUGAGCCGUGGGAAUUGUACUCUACUGCCGCCGCCGCCCCUUUCGGGCACUGGAAUUUAUCAGGCGACUGUUCCUGGAAGCGUCGAAUAUCAUAUCGCGCAACUUGGAAUGUCGGUAGUCGAGAAUAUGGCCGACCUUCCACCUCGUACUAGCCUCGACCAGCUGUUUCCGAGCAUCCGCGCACUCAGCGUUCGAGAUGCAUUCCAACUUUGGAAAGACGUGAAAUGA